AAACCAUCUAAUCAUAUUGCACCCCAUAUAAAUUCCAAAGUUGUCACCUCAUUUUCUUUAACUGCACCUAACAUUUUGCUUUGCUUUGCUUUUGAUUUAAUUUAAUUUCAUAAUAUAGCUUCAUUUUUCUUUGAAGUUAUAUUAUUUUUGAUCAGUUUUAUAUGGCGAAAGUUCAUCCUCAUCUCUUAUCUUCAUCAUCGUCGUCGUAUUCGAGAUUUGAAGAGAGAUCAACUGGUUAUUAUACCGUUUGGAUGAAAUCCUUGGUGUUCAAUGGUAAUGGUUGUACCAUCUUUGAUGCUAAUGGCAACGUCGUUUAUCGUGUUGAUAAUUAUGACUCUAAGUCUUGUAGCCAAGUUUUUCUUAUGGAUCUUAAAGGAAGAGUCUUGAGCACACUACUCAAAAAGAAAUUGAGAGUAAAUGAGCAUUGGAAUGGGUACAAGAAUGAUAGAGUGAAUAAAGAAAAGGCAUGGUUUCAAGUAAAGAAGAAAAGUAAGUUAUUUAGCAAAGGAGAUGGAUUUUCAUGUCAAGUUAAAAUAAGAGGAGAUGAUUUUGAAGCAUUAUCUUGCUUUAAAAUCCAAGGAAGCUAUAAAAAAUCGGAGUUCAAGAUUGUUAGAGGUGACGGUCUAAUGGUUGCACAAGUAAAAAGAAAGCAAUCAAAGCAAGGAGUUUUGUUGGGAGAUGAUGUAUUAAGCUUAGAAAUUGAGCCUAAUUUGGAUCAUUCCUUCAUAAUCUCACUUGUUAUAAUUCAUGGGUUAAUGUCUCAUAAGAUGUAAUCCUAUAUAUUUUUUUUACUCAAAAUAUCCAUUUCUAACCCACAAAAAGAAAAGUGAAAAAAAAAGGAAAAAAAAAAAGAAGAAGAAAGAGUGAUCAAAGCAUGAAUAAAUAAAUCAAAGGAAUAGAAAAGAAAGAAAAAGUGUAAGAGAAGUGUUGAAUUAGCUUACAAGAGGUAGUGGCUAUUCAUGCAUGAUGACAAUCAUAUUGUUGAUAUCAUCUUUGGUGUAUAUAAUUGGACUUGAGCUUUUAAAGCUUGAAAUUUUGUCCUUCAAAAGAGAGUUAUAUAUAUGUAUAUAUUUACUUUUUUUUUUCUUUGAUUGCUAAGUUUGUUUUAUCAUUGCAUCUCUUAUACAAUAAAAAUAAUGAGAAAAAUUUAUUUGGUUUUUGCAUUGUGUUAGAGGGUGUUAGAGAUAUGAACAUAGAUAAGAGAUAUGGUAUGGGUAUUGAGAUGGAAACAUGGAUUAGACCCAAAUUCAAUUGUGAUUUAGGGGUUUGAAUCUAUGCUUUUACAGACAGUAUGGAUCGAAGUUCAAAUCUAUAUUCAUGUAGUAAAAAAAAAUCAUAUCCUAAUCUAAAUAUAUAAGAAUUUAACAUUAAUUAUUAUUUGAU